UGUGUGUGUGUCGAGAGCAGGGCUGAUCUCUCUCGUGUCAUUCGUGGGUUCUCCUCUCAGAUGAUUCGUUCUUGUUCACGCAGUGUGUGUUUGAUCGAGUUUCCCUCUUCUCUUCUAAACCAGGAAAUGUUUGAUGUCGAGCGGAUGUUGAGUGUCUCAGUCUGUGUCUUCAUCAGCAGCACGGGUGAGAUCGAGCUCCAUCAGUAAUGGGUGAACAAAGCAUCUGUCAGGCGCGGGCCACCGUCAUGUUGUACGAUGACGGCAGUAAGCGCUGGUUACCGGCCGGUUCUGGAGCUCAGUCCAUCAGCAGGGUUCACAUCUUCCAGAACCCCAGUAACAACAGCUUCAGGGUGGUGGGACGCAAACAACAGGCCGAUCAGCAGGUGGUCAUUAACUGUCCUCUGAUCCGAGGGAUCAAGUAUAAUCAGGCCACUCCCACGUUCCAUCAGUGGCGGGACGCACGGCAGGUCUGGGGUCUGAACUUCGGCAGUAAAGAGGACGCGGCUCAGUUCGCCAGCGGCAUGAUGCACGCUCUGGACCUGCUCAGCGGAGACGCCGGUGCACCUCUUCCUCCUCGACCGCCUCAGAACGGCCCGAGCGCUGAGGAGAUAGAGCAGAAGAGGAGACAGGAGCAGCAGGAGAGAGAGAGACAGGAGAGAGAGAGACAGGCGUCUGCUGCUCCGGCUCCGCCUCCUGGCCCUCCUCCCGCUCCUGGCCCCGCCUCUGCACCUCCUCCUCCCCCUGGACCUCCACCCGCUCCAGGACCCCCGCCUCCCCCACCACCACCACCUCCUUCAGGAGGAGGCCCGCCGGCCCCCCCACCCCCACCCUCAGGAGGAGGAGGAGGAGGAGGAGGAGGAGGGUUAGGAGGAGGUGAUGGAGGUCUGGCCGGGGCGCUCGCUGGAGCAAAACUACGCAAAGUGGCCAGGGACACUGACAGUGGAGCAGCAGCUCCUGCAGCGAGCGCCAGCUCAGGAGGAGGUGGAGGAGGAGGAGGAGGAGGUGGAGGAGGAGGACUGAUGGGAGAAAUGAGUGCAAUUCUCGCUCGACGGAAAAAAGCUUCUGACGCUCCAGUGGUCAAGAAGGAAGAAACAAGUAGCGCUGAUUCUGUGAACAAUGACUCCAGAGCUGCAGACAAACCAGAUGUGGUGAAGAAGCCCUGGGAGAAACCGUCGUCUGUGUCACGGGUGAAUUCAGCUUCUAAGAGUCAGGACAAGAGCCCGGUGUCUCCCGCGACUGCGGCUCCAUUGAACAGGACGAGACCCGGCAGCAGCAUAGGAGACGCCACAGACAUGGAGAAAUUCAAACAGGACAUCCUGGAGGAGAUGCGCAAGGAGCUGCAGAAGGUGAAGGACGAGAUCAUCAGCGCUCUGCUGGAAGAGAUACAGAAGAUCAAUGUGUAGCUGCGCAUCAGGAAGAUCUGCACAAACCUCUGCGCAGAACCACGAACACAAGACGCUUCCUUCUCACGCUUCAAGAUGCAAGAAACUCACUCCUGCACCCGACACCUUUGUCGUUUUACACCCGCUGCCUUUCACUUCUCUUUUUUUGUGAAUAUUAAUGAUGUCUUUUAAUGUGUUUCUGAUCCCCUGCUGUCUCUUGCAUUUGUGUUUUAAUCUCAUCUGUUUACAUGUAUCUAGAGACGUGUGACUAGUUGUUUACGUCUGUAAUGAUCAGAAUGCGAGGGAUUCUGUGUAAUUGCAGGUUAUUUAUCAUGCACUGUUAUGUAAACCGUGUUUGACCGGCAGGGGUUUUCAAACCAGGUCUUGAAAAUAUGAAAAAAUAGGUUCAAUUAAAUAAGCAUAAAUAAUCUGAAUGAAUCUGAAAUAUGAUUGAAAUAAAAUUAUUUAAAAAUAAAUAAUUUGAUUAAGGUAAGAAUAUAUAUAUUUUUUUAUUUCUUUAAAAAACAUCUGUAUAUAACAAAAACAAUUUGAUUAAAAAAAAAAAAAAAAUUAAACAAUUAAUACAAAAAUAAAUAAUUUACAUUACAUUACAAUUUGAAUAUAAUUUUAAACAUUAAUAACAAUUUACUGGUUAACAUCUGAAUUAAAAAAAGUUGAUUACAAUAAAUUGAUUUUAAAAUAAUAAAAAGUGAAAUAAACUGAAUUUAAAAGUGUGAUUUAAACAAAUGUAAUGGUGUAGGUUUCUAGUAAGCAAAGAAUAAUGUAUUAUUUAAAAAACAACUUAAAAAUCGUUUUAAAAAUAAAUAGGUAUUAAGGACUAAAAUAUUUUUUUUUAAGAAUUUAAGUUUAAAUGACAAUCAUCUGAAAUGUGAAUUAGCAUUUUUUUACAAUAGUUUUUCGCAAUAUAUUAAUUUAUUUUUAUAGCUGCCUUUUAAAUGUUAAAUCAUGGCCCCUUGCAGCAGGAUGAUCAUAUUUUUGGAAUCAUGUUGAAUCAUGUGAGAUAAUAAGAUUGAAGAAGAUCCAGAUGUGAGUCUCAGGGAUGCACAGAUGUUCUAAAGCUCUGAAUGUAUAUGAGGAACAACUGUUUCAAACUAUGUAUUAAAAUGUGUUAUCUGUAUGUCAUUAACACCAAAGUACUGUAGUAUUACCAUGAUACCGUGAAAGUACUUUUAAUGAGUUGAGUGUGUGUGUGUGUGUUAUUAUAAAGUAGUUCUGGGUAACUUCUUGUUUUACUGUAAGAGAUCCGCUAUGCAGCGCUUCGAAGUGCAAAUAAAGCCGUUUGAAGAUCAGGCUGAUCCCGGA